GGCACAGCAUGGUACAGGCCUGCUUGGCGUGCUCCAGAGUUCAUAACGACAGCCUGACAGCCCACGCAGCCAUGGAUAAGACAGACAAGCCCAGUCCCUCUGCUAAGAAGCAUGUGCGUCUUCAGGAGAGGAGAGGCUCCAAUGUGUCAUUGAUGCUGGACAUGAGCUCACUGGGGAGUGUGGAGCCCAUCCAGCCUGUCUGCACACCACGGGACAUCACACUGAAGUUCCUGAGGACAUCCAGCCACAUGCUGAGGAAAGAGGAGCUCCAGCAACGUGCCCAGAGCCUAACGGAGCUUCAGGAGGAGUUUUCAAAAAUCCCACCCAAUUUUGUCAAUCCAGAGGAGCUGGAGAUCCCUGGACAUACCUCCAAGGACAGAUACAAAACCAUCCUCCCCAAUCCUGAGAGCCGAGUCUGUCUCAGGAGAGCAAAGAACCGGGAGGAAGAUAGCUACAUAAAUGCCAACUACAUCACGGGUUAUGCGGGACACUCCCGGGAGUACAUUGCCACGCAAGGGCCCAUGCUGAACACUGUGACUGAUUUCUGGGAAAUGGUGUGGCAGGAGGAGACACCGCUCAUCGUCAUGAUAACCAAGCUCCAAGAACGCAAAGAGAAAUGUGUCCACUACUGGCCUGAGAAGAAGGGUACCUAUGGCCCCUUCACCAUCUGUGUGCAGGGGGUAAGCGAGUGUGUGGAGUACGUGGUCCGGGACCUCUCCAUCCAGCUUGAAGGUGAAUGCCGUCAGGUCAAACACAUCUUCUUCCCUUCCUGGCCGGACCAGCAGGCACCUGAGUCAGCCAAGCCUCUGCUGCACUUGGUAUCCAAGGUGGAGGAGACUCUUCAGGCUGCAAUCAACCCAGGGCCCAUCAUUGUGCACUGCAGUGCAGGAAUCGGCCGGACGGGCUGCUUUAUUGCUACCAGGAUUGGCUGCCAGCAGCUGAAGGAAACAGGAGAGGUGGAUAUCCUGGGAAUUGUGUGCCGUCUCCGUAUAGAUAGAGGUGGGAUGAUCCAGACGAGCGAGCAGUACCAGUUCCUCCAUCACACACUAGCUCUGUUCGCUUCCCAGCUGCCUGAGGCAGAAGGCCAGUAACACAGAGCUCCUGCUGGGCUGACAGCUCUCCUGUCUUGUGCCAUCAUCUCCUACACUAGUGUUGGAGAGACCUCUGCCAAAAUAGCUCCUGCUCCUGCUGGGCCACAAGACAGCAGCAUGGCACAAGUGCUCCUGGAUGAGCACAGCUGAGCAAAUCCAUCCAGCUUGUUGCCUCACAACUCUGCAAGGGGGAGAUGCAAACCUCAGCCUGACUGGACCACCCUGCACUGGCACAGACCGGCUUGUAGUAGGUUUGGGUGAAGGAUCCAGUCAGUGGUAAAGGGUCUAUUGCUGCAAGUAGGAGGCAGAUUUCGCUGACUGAAAGAAGCUCUCACUUUCAAACCACGCAAUAUCUUAUCCUCAGCUAGAAGAGCAAGCUAUGCAGAGGAACUGAAGCUGGUCAAGAGAUGGGAUCAUGGUUUGCCCUUUAGCCACACAAAAAUAUCUAUCCCAUUAGACCUGGAGCUGGUUCAGUUAUGCUGAAAAUAAACAGAGCCUCUCUUCUGUUUGUGUAUCGUCUGUGGUGAGAGGCUGACACUGUGUUUUGGGCUGGGCUUGUGCUGAACAUGCUCCAUGAAGUUCUUUUUGCUGAAGAUUUGCUGCAACAAUUUUAUACCAAAGGUGCAUCGUUGAUUGCCUUCUUUAUGUGUUUUUCUUUUGUCUCUUAUCUUUGGCCAACACCUUCUCAGCAGCCUUGAAAUAGAGAAUAUUCCUAAAUCUGUAUGAAAUUUUGCAAGCAACAUGUUUCCAAUUGCAACCUAGCCUUUUGUUGCAAGAGGACGGGGUUUUACGUUCUUGAGUUUUUGCUGAAAUCAGAACAAAAUAAUGCUAGCCUGUUUUUUUUUUCCUUUCUCUUUUCUC